AAUUUGUUAAUUAAAACCACCUCUCUCUUUUCCUCCCUCUCCCUCCACUUUUUUGUUGAUCCCAUUUUUUUCGCCAGGAUUGUCCUCGCCCGGUUCACUUAAGAAGCCGGGGAAGUUUGAUUUCAACGCCCUGGCUUCCCAGACGAGGUCCCCCCGCAUGGCGUUCACACACCACCCGCUGCCUGUGCUGGCAGGAGUGAGACCAGGAAGUCCCCGUGCCUCAGCCUCUGCUCUGCACUUCCCCUCCUCCUCCAUAAUCCAGCAGUCCAGCCCGUACUUCACCCACCCUACCAUACGCUACCACCACCACCAGGACCCACUUAAGGAGUUUGUGCAGUUUGUGUGCACCGACAGCCCAGGACAGCCUGGCGCGCAGCCUAAUGGAGGAGGCCAGAGCAAAAUGCCGGGCUCCUUCCUGCUGCCCCCGCCGCCCCCUGUGGCGCGCCCUGUGCCCCUCCCCAUGCCCGACUCUAAAAGUCUCAGCACGCACACUGAUGGUGGACUCAGCUCACCCGCAUCUCCGUCAUACUCCACGCCAGGCUCCACAGCUCCCAACCGGUUUGUCGGCAUCGGAACACGGGACAACUUUCUGAAUAUCCCCCAGCAGACUCAGUCCUGGUUCCUCUGACAAGGCAUCACUGAAAACACAGCUUAUAUAGAAAAUAUUUCAAGAAAAUUGGGAUAACAAAAAUCACAGCUAAAAACAGACUGUAAACACUAAAGUAUUUUUCCUCUCCAUCAAUAUUGAAAAUACAUCUGCACAACCUGAAGAACCCACCACCCCCAAGAGGAUGCCCUUAUCUGCACUCAUCCCCUUUAUGUCGGAAGCAUCUAACUGAGUGUACAGGUCUCAUUACACAAGACGAAGGAAGAGGAAGAUGAGGAACUGUCUUUCAAACACUAAGUAUCAAAACCAAGUAGGGCAAAUUAACAAUGACCAAUAUGCAUUUUUUAUCAUUUGUAUUUUUCAUAUGUUGUAUCCAGAAUGAAACUCCAUGCAUUGGCUGAGAGAUCUAAAUAUAGAACACCUGGAAAUGGUCAAAUUUGUCAUUAUCCUGUCUAUUUUAACAUCCACCUGCUGCACAACAUCUGCACAGCCACAGAUUGCCUGCUCAGCCCUCUGCCUCUUUCAGUUCAUAUUUGGCCAAUUACAGUGACAUCAUAAAAUGGUGUGACUUAUAUGCACUAUGGGGCUAGUCGUUGUUUACCUGUCAAAAAUACAAGGGUGAUAGCCAUGAGGCCAUUGUGGGAGAUUGAACACGCAUCAAUCAUAACACUAACUCUACACAUGCUCUUUCGUCCCCUCACCUAUGCACUAUUAUGUUGAAUUAGGGAUGAAAUGUAUUGCACAUUAAGGUCAGAUGAGAGAGUGAGGAGGUGGUUUGGACUGGGCCUCAGGACUGUGGCUGUGCAGUUCUCUGGGAUUUGCUUUCACAUACAGUAUAGAUAAAAUACCAACUACAGCUUUAUAUAGUUUGAAUUCUUUUUUCUUUUGAUUUUCUGUGAGUGGGGGCCGGCUGCAUUUGGCCUGGUGUUCAGUCUCUUGCUUGCAUGCUCAUUAUUAGUUAUAGUUUGCUCAAGGUACAGGCAAGAUUCACUCAUGCACUCAGUCAGUAAAAUAUAUUUCUCUUGUUUCUCAUUUCUGACAGCUCACCAAACAGCCUCUCAUUAAUAUAAUUUACAUUACAUCAGUCUACAUCUACAAUACUAUCUACCACCCAGGAACCCAGUAAUGAAUUGGUUUACAAACCAUACCCACAUUACACAUUACAAUUACAAUUGCAAAUUAAUUAUAUUUGGUUCUCAAAACUGCCUUUGUUAAUGGUUUUUCAUUUUUACAAGGAAUUGUAUUUUAGUUACAUGUAAAUGAAACUUUAAAAUUUAUAUUGGUUUUCUGUCAACAUGAAACAGAUUUAAACCUCUGGAAAAUAACUGGACUGCCGGUUGUAGAUUGUUUUGCAGGGACAUGGUUGAGAGUCAAAUGUUCGUACAAAAAAAAAAUCAGAUGAGAAUUUAUGAAGUGCCUCUGUUUAAACAAGAAUAAAAAUUGUUUCUCUCUUAAACUAUUCUUAUAAAGACAAUUGGAAAAGCAAUCAAACCAUAAUAUUCAUUUACAUUCAUGAAGUAUGCCCCUGUUUACAUCUUACACCUGUUGGCAGUCCAGUUACUUUCUGAACAUCGACUUUUCCUGACUCAAAAAUGCCACAUAACUGUUACCAACAUGAUCAAAAAUCACUGCCAUUACCCUCCGUAGUGCAGCAUCCUAAUCCUGAGACAAAUCGUCAGAAUUCCCCUUGUAGGUUUGAAGAAAAAUGUCUUUUUGGAAAGUAUUAUUAUUGAAAAUGUGUUGAUUGAGCCAUGUGCAAUGCAUUGGGUAGAUCAUUGUGUUUGUCUGUUAGAGGUUUUUAAGAAAGCUAAAUGAAAAGAGAAAAAAAAUGUAUUUGUUUCAAGUCCAUAAGCUCCAGGACUCUAAACUAGAGGGCCAUGAAAAAAUCUUUGUAACUUGGGGUAUGUUUUUAUUUCUUUGUCUUUUUUAAUGUUUUAUGUGUAAUCAUUUGUUUAUAAAAAUGUGGGAGGGCUGAAGGACACAAAUCUACACAACUUCUACAGAGAAUUGUAUUUUAUCAGAUAAACCUGGUGCUUAGACACAAUUAAGUACUUUCAGAACUAUUGUAAAUGAAAGGUAUUGAACAAAACAGACAAUUUAGGAAACAGCAUUACUCCUCUCUAUGUGUACUCUUCUGUUGUACGAGUGGGGGAGAGGUUCCUAUUCUUUAAGGUUGUGACACAAAAGGCAUUUUGGUUCAACCUUUAGAAUAAUUUAACCUAGUCCCUUUUAUAUUGACCCCUACACUGCCUGAAAGUGACCAGCAGUUUAAGACUUCCAACAUGCAUCUGGCAUUUCGUCCCUUUAGAGGUGGUAUACAGUUUUCAGGACUUGCUUAGUAAAUUGUGAAGAGACAUGCAUGCUGUGUGUUGCAAAAACUAAAAAUCUGACCAUUGAUGAAGCAGACUGCAAGUGAGCCUCUCCCCUGUUCCACUCCCUCUCUGUAAAUGACUCUUAGUGCUCGUGCUGUAGUGUAUAGAUUCCCAGCAGUUAAAGGUUGUCCCUUAAAAGUGCCUUUUGUUCACAGACUCCAUUUUGUAAUCCAGAUUGCCCUUCUCAAAAUGGCUCGAGGUAGCAGGUUGUCCCCAAGUGCUGCAAUGAGGAAAAAAAUCUGCACCAUUUAAGCAACGGAGGGCAACUUUUCCCUUAUGGCUUGUAAAAAAACACUUUCAUUUUACCCCAUUAGCCUCUCUUCCUUUUUAAAGCCGUAUAUAUAUACAGUAUAUAUAUAUAGUACAAAAGGAAAUGGUGUGAAUUAGUUCUUUACUUUUUAUUGAUAAAUAAUGGGAAAAAUGUUUGAAGUAAAAAAAACUUUCUUGUUCAGCUCCUUUUCUUGCCCUCUGUCUCCAUUGUCUGUUUUUCUGUAGACACUGGAGUAGUCUGUAACUGUGUGUCUGUUGCUCAGCAUCUUUCUCGCACAUAAACACACACACACUAUCCUUCACUGUCCAUCUAUUCCACCCUCUCUGCUGUUGAGGAGGGGAUAAAAAUAUUGCCGACAAAACCUUUGUCUGAGCAGAAUGCAGUUAGCUCACAUGUUAUUCUUGUCUAUAUGCUUCACAUUGUAUUACCAUACCCAUCUCUUCAGCUUCUCCAUUCAACAGCUAAUGUAAGUGAACAAAUUACACUGACAGGCUUUUGGGGGUGUCCGAGUGGGAGAAGAGCCGCAGGCCGGGAUUCAGGGGGGUUUUGGAGUUGUGUGUGCUGAAUAAACUGGGAGGCUGCUUUGACUAGUUCAUAGACAUUGCGCUUUUAAAUUUCUUGUAUUUAUAUUUGCUUAGUUUUAUUCCCCCAUUUGUUUCUUUUUUUUUUUUUUGUUUAGAUUUCUUUGCAUAUUAUCAGGGUAUGUUGUCAUUGAGGCUCCCUUUUAGGAAGCCUAGGACUGUAAAUUUAAGCUAUAGUCUAAGCACCUUAUAACCGUAUGCAUCUAACAUGAGGUCAAAGGAAGGGUCUGCACUUCUCGGACAUAUCCCACAUGCUAAUGAAUGAAUGUCGCCUAGAAAAGUAUUAUUUCAAAUGGUUGGUGAGCAGUAUUAGCCGUUUUCAAAACAUAAAGCUAAACCUGAUUUCUCUUAACUAGUGAGAAUACAGGGAAGUCCCUCCAUUCUUCCCUCCCUUUUUGGCUCAAGUUGGACUGCUUCAUGUCUUUUUGUUGUUUAUUUUGUUUUAUUUUGAAAGUAUUUGGCAAUUAGUGAAAAGCAGCUCCUGUGGCCCCUGACUCCCUCCUCUGCACCUCCUAUCCAUGCCCUCAGUGCACUUUUUUGUGUGAGAACACCCCCAGAGCUCUAGGUGAAAUGCAUGUGUUAAUUACAGUUUCUUUUCCAUAAGAAGAAAAACACAGUUUGAAAAGAGCAGCACCUGAUUGAAUAAAAGGAUGUUCUUGACUGUA